ACGACAAAACAGUGUGUAUCACCGGUCACGGUCGCACAUAUAGGAGCUAGAUAAAUGCGUCUCACUCACGCCCAAAACAUUAUUCUUUGACCAAAGUAGAGAUUUUUAUUUCAGUGCAAAUCGUCAAGUCGAAUUGAAUUGUUAUUGAGUGUAUUCGAAUUUAAUUACGAGCGUAUAAUCAUUAAUGUUACUAUUACAAUUUGUUUGUAAGUGAUCAUAUUUUUUUGUGAAGAUUUGUGAAGGAUAUUUUGGUUUUGCCGAGAGCGUGUUGCCGAGGCCAGUGCUACGAUGGGCGUACCACACAUCACCUCCUUCUGCUGGUGCAUGGGACUCGAGGUCGGGGCCAAGUGCGUCGGCUUCAUACACCUGCUGGUGUCGUUCAUCCUGAUGAUCCUGUGCUCUGUGUUCGCGGAGAAUGUGCGCGGGUUCGUGGGCACGGCGGAGGACGCGGGUGACGGCCUGUACGCCACCUGGUACAAGAUCGCCGUCACCACCGCCGUCGUCACCGUCGUGCAUGUCCUGCUCGCCUUCACGCUGCUCUUCUCUGUCUUCAAGCGCAAGACAUGCGGUAUCCGCGCGUGGGUGUGGGUGAUGUCUGUGCUGUGCGUGGCGGCGCUGGUCUGCAUCCUGGUGCUGGUCGGCAUGCACGGACUCUCCGGCUCCGGAUCCGAUAUCUUCCUCUCCUUCCUCGAGGGACUCAUCUUCUUCGGAGUGAUGGCUUACUGCAUCCUGUGCGUGAACAGCUACUACUUGAUGUUGAAGAGUGCAGAGGACAUGGAGGGCCCAAACAAGUCCGUCUACUAAGCUCUUGCGUACUGCGUCACUCAUGAUACGUACUUAUUUUGUUUUUGAACAUGACCUCACAACACAACACAGGAUUCUGCAUUAAGCAAAAAUGGGGAAAUAAUUUCUUAUAUCUACAAUUUGGUCAAAGCAUAUUUUCGCUAAGGCGUUCUGUUAGUAGCCCAUGCCCAUAAAGAAACUCAAUCAGUUAAUAAGCCAAAGGAAUGAAAUGUACUUAUCCAUAAAAUAAUACACGAACUCAGUUUCGGGACUAUUGAAUGCCACCUUUAAUGAAAUUAUUAAUGAUAAUGGUGCCUAUGUAACACUAUAUUAAAUAACAAAUAUUAAACUUCUUGAGAGUUAAGGUACCUAAAAUAUUAAUACAUACAUUAUAUACAUUGGAAAUCUAUGCAUACAAUGUCUAAUGUUGUGACGGUCGUUCGUGGGAAUAUUGCUUGGAAAUGAAGUACCAAGUAAUGAGUGGUUUUAAAGUACUUUUUUGAAGCAAGAACGAGUUUUAAGAUACAAUAAAAACAUUUUUAAACGAAUAAGAACAGCCAUUAAGCAUUUUUCCUAUAGGUGCGUAAUUUAUAGAAUGGUACUAAAUAACUUUAAUGGAAUCGUGGUUAACGCGAAAAUGUUGCGUUACGUACAAAUAUUAUAAUAAUGAAAGUAGGUGGAUAUAUUUAUCUGUUUAUCGUAGAAGUUGAUGUUAAGUGUUGAACUACCCUGUUGCAUGCUACACGUAGACUCUUAAUCUUGUUUACAAACUGUCGUAAGUUUUCGAGAAUGCUCGACUAAUUUCAAGCCAAGAUCGGGGCUCAUAAUGAUCCAGACUUUAUUGACCUGCAAAUAUUCAUAAUUAUAGUUAAUUAUUCGUACUUAAUGGUUUUACUGUGUACGGUGUAAUUCGGACAGUUUGUACGAUGAUGUCAUUGCGUUUGCACGCGCUAUCCUCGAAAAUGUCAGACAAGGUUAAACGCCUCCCAUUUGUAUUGUUUCUAUUAGCCGUUUAUCUUAUCUGAAUGUUUUUUUGAACAAAUGGUUGCUAGCUUCAGACUAAGUAAGGUUGAGUUGGUAGUUUAUUGUCAUACAUUCUACUCAUAAUACGUGGAACUCGUAACUGGCACAAACUUUGGUGUUGCAUUUAUAUACUAUAAGGAUAAUGUAACAUUCUUUUACUCAUUUAUUGAUUCAUAUCUUAGUUUAUCGAAUAUUUCUUUGUUAAUAAUAGUAAUUGCAUUUACUGCAUGCAACAGGGCCUAAGUUAAGUGUAACGUUUUAUAAAUAUAUUUUUAAUGCUUAGAUAUUUAACUGUAGCGGCGGUCGAUUAUAACUAGAAUUUAAAUAUAUAACACAAUUUUUUUAAUGUUACCUGUACCUUAUUGGAAAUGAAUCUUGAAAGGACAAAAUUAUGAUAUUGAUAUAAAUAGAAAUUGUAUUCCAAAUUACGCGGACGAAACCGUAAGCAUUUCUAGUCAAAUGUUUGGAGUAAAUUCACGGGGAUACGUGUUCUUAGGUUUUAUAAAUAAGAUAGGCAGUAUACAUACAUACAUACAUCAAAUAUUUGCUGGCUCGAUUAGUAAUUCUGUUUGUACUGUAGUUCUGGGUAAAUUUGACCAACGGUUAAACAGAAAGAAAACUACAUUCUGUCUAGCGACAGUAUAUUGUUAUACUAAGCUAUGUAUUAUGGUUUUUAAUGAACAAAAUAUUGGAGUAAUUAUUAUGUUUUCGGCUUACUCGCGUAAUAAUUUGACGAGAUACUCGACUAGUUUCAAGCCAUGCUAGAGGCCCAUAUUCAUGAGCAGCAUUCCGCGACACGCGACGCGGCGACUGUCGCGUUGCUACUCUACAGCCGAAAACAUAAUAAUUAAUUUAGAACGUCUCACGAAAGUUAUAUGAAAAAAGAAUAUUGGACAUUUUUUAUAGCCAUUAAUCGACUUAGUAGCUUAACAAUGGUAACUUGGCUUACGGCCCAUUAAAGACAGGCCUGGGUUUAUCUAUAUCUAUGAUUCAAUAAUGUGAAUUCCAAUAUUUUUAAUGCAGAGUUAAUUUUUGAACAAUUUUGUAUUGACAGAAUAAUUAUGUAUUUGUAUGAGUAUUGUGGUGACUGGAACGCGACCUAUUUAUGUAAGUUUGAUAGUUUUAAGAGGGAAAGUAAUUUAUAUUU